AUUCCAAUUAGCAAAAUUAAAAUAAUUCGAGAAAAAUUAAACUCACGCAUUGCACCAGCCUUUUAUGUAAUUUUAUUUUGACUCGCUUGCCGCUUGAAAUUUCAAUAUUUGGUAUUCGCAAAAGAACAGUGUGCACGCCCGCUUGUCGGAGUCUUUCUACAUCUCCUCGCUGUACUUCUACAGGGGCCCACGACCACCGCCUGGGCGAGGCAUGAGUCGGCCCUUCAACCAGUAUCCAGCUCCUGCUAGUACCGCUGCGGCGAACAUGAAUGGUGGUGGAGCUAUGGCGAUGGCCGGGUCCACUUACGGUAGUAAUGGUGGAACAAACACGAUGAACGGAAACGGCGCGUUUGUGGACCACAAUGGUACAGCCGGUGGUGCCACCUCGGCGUAUCACCACGAUGUGGGUCAACAGCAAGACCAAAACUACAAAUACAACAAUUCGUCCUAUGGAAGUAGGACAAACUACCAGCAACAAGGUCAAACCUUCUCCCAGGGCGGAGGUUCCGCAGGACCGGGUUCUGGGGCCCUGGGCAGCUCUACAUCUUCGAGCGCGACCGCUUCCUCCAGCGACGAUCGGGAGCAGCAGUAUGAAUACCAGCUUGCGAUACAGCAACAGGAGCUCGGCAUUGAGCAGGAGGUCAUCGGGCUGAAUGGAGAGAUCUUGGGCAAGCGAGGACAGUAUGCUUACUUAGACUUUCAUUCUACUCGUUCUUCAAAAUCAAACAUCUUCUCUCAUUUACAAUACUUCUCUCUUCAGAACUUCGUAGCAAUUUAUGAAUGAUCUGUGAUGAUGAAGAACUACAUCAAGCUCCCCGAUGCAGAAGAGCAGCGCGAAGAUACGUUUAAGCUGAUCUUCACGAUGCAGUCGAACAAGAAAGUCGCCUUAUAAAAAUGAAGGUUUCGUAAGACGAAGAUGUGCAAAUUCUAUUUAAUGGGCGUUUGCACGAAGGGUGAGUCCUGCAUGUUUGCGCAUGACCAGCGGGAUUUGCAAGUGCUUCCCGACCUGCAGAAAACGAAGCUAUGCGACGAACUGCUCGAGUACGGUCGCUGUUCGAAGGGGAAGAUGUGCAGUUUUGCGCACUCCAAGAACGAGCUGCGGGCGACCCCCGGGUUUCUGAAGACCAAGCUGUGCAAGUUUUACGCCGAGGGGCACUGCGUGCUGGGCGUCAAGUGCCGCUACGCGCACGAGGAGGCGGAGCUGCGGGCGUUGCAAAAUCCGAAACUGGACGAUGACGGGAACAUGAUUUGCGCGGAGGUACUAGCACUCGAGCCCUUGACCGCGGCUACCAGCAGCGCGGGUUCGGCCGGCAGGACAAAGUCCAACACCGGACUUGUUCUAAGCAAGACGAGCAGCACGACGAGUACGUAUGGCAGACACAACAACAAAAAUUCGGAGUCAAUGGCUGUGUCUUCUAGUGCAAGACAAAGAACACAAACUGGCGGCGGAGCUGCACCAGCGGGCGCGGGGGUAGAACAGCCCCAAAGUAGCUUCGUUAGAGCUGCUGCUGCGUCUGCGACGUCUUCGAAAAGAUACAGCACAGAGUUCCCGCCGUACAAUCCGAGCAAAAGUUCUUCUGCAGCGGCGACAGGCGGAAAUAACGGAGGCCCAACCUCUUCGAGUCGGAACAAAGGUAGAGCACACGCUGCGGUAGGUGCUGGGAAUGUUGGUCUUGGUUCUUGUUCUAACGGAGCAGCGAAGAUAAAUGGCCCCAACACGUCGACAGCGGCGACCACUGACAGCAAAACAGCGUCCGCUGGGAUGGGAAACGGAGUCUCAACAGCGCCGAAUGGCAGAACCCAAAACCGGGGCCGCGGCGGGCGAAACAGACGGGGGAAUAACAACAACGGAAUCAGCAGCAACGACCAAUCAGAGAGAAACCGCAACAAAGGCGGAGGAAACGGUGACCAGUCGGCAAAUUCGCAAAGCCGGACAAACAAUGGCGCUCGCGCAGGGGCGGGCUCCAAGGGCGGAGGGCAGAUCGGGAAAAGCAAAGGCGCUGCAUCAAAUGGGGCGUCGUCAUCUAAGCAAGCAAGUACAGCCCAACUCGGGAGCGGGUUUUAUCAGAACGGAGCAGGCGCGACGACCUCCGGAGGAGAUGACUACGGCGCGACACCCAGUAGUGCAGUAGUUUACGGGAUCAUGAGCAGUGGUAUGCAGCUCUCGUCUACAUCUUCAGUUGCACAUAUCAACGGCAGUAGCAGUUACAACGCAGCAGCAGGGACAGCGAUCGAGCAACAGCUCCACAGUAAUUUCCCCGGUUACAACAACAACGGCUACCAAAUUCAUCAAAUGCAGCUACAGAGUCAGCAAUUCAAACAGGGAGACAACAUUCAUAACUCUGGCGCCUACGAUAAUGCAGGAGCUGCAAUUUUUUCAGCAUCAACCGGACUCCUCCAACAGCAGUCGCAAUUUUACGGUGGAGAGGUGCCCAAUCGGGCCGUUGACUACUCGUCCUUCAAUGGCGGGAGUAUGAGCAGCUGCAUGUUCGCAGGCCCUACUGGUAAUUCUUCAUCCAACGGAAACAAACACUAUAGCCACAACUUCAGCGUUAGCACCGUUAAGGGGGACGGCGGCUCUAGCAGGCAGCACGCGGGAAGUUCAUUCGCAGGGGAACAAGCGAGCAACCAGACUGCAGGAGGUGGAGGGCAAUCCCAAUCGCAAGCAGAAUCGUUGCAGAAGACCACCAGUGUGAACUCAUCGCAUUCCACCUACGCUCAACAUCAAGCAACUGGUGCAGCUGGUGCGGGGGCGCCGCCUGUUCCACCUACUAACCGCUGGAUGGUGAUGCCGUCGGGAAGUGCUUUUGGCGGUCAAAAAUACACAAAUGGCGCUGUUGUGUCGAGCAACAUAAGUCACAAUCUUCAACAGCAGAGCAAGAGUCGCACACACUCGAUGGUGGAGACUACUUUGGACCCAAGUGGUGGUCAACUGUGGUCGUACCGCGUUGAUACCUCUAGCCGCGGUGGAAACAACUGCAACGUUGGUUCUGCUGACGAUGUUGACCAACAAGCUCAAAUGCUUCUUGGCUUGCAAAAGGUGCAGCAACAACUGGAGCGCGAUCUAGACGAGGAUGGGAGGAAAUCAACCAACACGAACCGCAAGGACGACGACCCAGCACUCCUGCAAGGACAGCACAAUCAGAAAAUGAGUCAUACUGAUGUACACCACCAGCAUGCUUUUCAAGGGUCGAACUCGCUCCAGAAUGCGAGCAAAACGACCAGCGCUUCGCUGAACACGUUGUUUAGCAGCGCGGGGUCGUACUCGUACACCAAUUACAAUCCAACGGCGGGAGGUACGGGCUCAGCUGCUUCGGAAGCUGAAGGCGGGUCGUUCUUUUUCCAAGAAAUGAACCAUCUCCAACCGCUGGGACAGCCCCAGCCGCAUCUUGUGGUCAGCGGAAGCGGCAUCGGCACCAUGGCAAUAUCGCCCCUGGAGUCCUCUACUGGGGGCGGGAUUGUUCCGUCUUACAACGGUUCCGGUCCGCUUGAUGUUCAUGGGACGACAACUGUCUCGUUUGGUGAUGCUGCGAAUCACGGCGCGGCGCUGGCACAACAACUGCAGUUCUACAAUGCAGCGGGUACUACAAAUAACGGCACGACAGCUUCUUCAUCUGGAGCCCCCGCGGGAUUGAGUGUCAACUUCAAUGGGACUACUGGUGGUGCUGGGUCUUCUUUUGCUUGUGGCAUCAGCCCGCUCGUAGUAGACCACAUACAGCAGCAGCAGCAACAACACACGGGUACAACGCCGUACGAGCAACUGCUACAGCCGACGCAGUCCCGUGCGUCCGAAGCUUCGAACGCGACAACCAUGGCGGGGGGAAACCUGGUGUUCCCCACGCAAAGCUACUUCUCGAGCAUCAUUGACAACCCAAACCUGUUUCGCGCGGGGACAGCGACGAUCGACGAAGAAGCAGGAGAACACACGUCGCAGUUGAUGGCAUCGACGCUGUCGCAAAACGGGCAGAGCAUGUAUCUAGGGAAUGGUAUGGGACCACCGCUAUCCAUUGUGAAAAAGUGCAGCUGCUGCGAUAGGAUGCAGGAUGUGAGAGCAUGAAGAUGUUCAUUAGUUUACGAAUUGGUCUGGUUUUAACAUCUUGUUGAAAUUCAAAGGAGAAAGCCAGCUAGAAACACAUCCUCGACUGAAACUACAACUGCUGUCGCUUCCAACGCAGUUUUUUUCUCUUUGGUAGCAGAGCCGGAGCGUGAGCAUGAUGUCCCAGCCAAUCGGUUCCGCAGCAACCGGGACUACAAAUGGAGGCUCGUCGUGCAACGCUAACGGGCAGACGACCUCCUUAGCGACGAAUCUGAGCACCGGGCCGCUGGGAUUUCCGCAGACCUACAACCAGUUUCCCGCGCUGCAUAUUCCAGACCCUCGCUCGUCAUCGGGGAUGCUUUCCCGCGCCUCGAUGGAGGGGUUGCAGGAUCGGCCGCCGAGUUCGGCCUGCGGUGGUAUUUCUUGUGUGAACAACGAAAUCGCAGCGCUGCUGAACGGAGGAGGUGGGACUAAUGCGAUGAAUAAUGGCAAUGCGAAUGCCAGUCAGCAGCUGGUUUCGGGUAAGAAAUGUAGUUUGAUAUUCUACUGAUCUCUACUGCUCUUCUUCUCCCUGGAACUGGUAGCACAACAAAAACAGAAGCAUAGCUCAGCCAUGAUUGAAGGUCGACCUGACAAGGCAAAGCAACAGAGCCAAAAUUGCUCGCAUAGAGAAACAACCAGAAGGCGUAACACUUCGUUAGUGAUGUAUUUUUAGUGCUGAAACUGAUUAGUAGUACUUUCUCACUCACAACAGGGGGCGCGCCCUUAAUCUGUCCUACGCCAAUCGCACCGCUGAGACCUUUGGAAACAGCGCACCUGCUGGGGCUGACCGGCGCGACGACUACCCAUGGGAAAAAGGUUGAGGCAAGGUGGCAAGGAAAUGAUGUUGAAUCUACAUGAAAUUGACGUUUAAGGAGAUGAAGCCAUCAACAUAGUGUCUGUCGUGGUUUUGUCAGGCGUAAUAUGUGAAAAUGUCCAGUGCUGGCAGUGGCAGUGCGUGCCCAUUUCUCGACAUUUCUUGCUUCACCCUUUGCCUCUUCACUUGGAUAGUGUGCACCGGGGGAUUCGCUGGUAAGGUCAUGUCCAUCUGAGAGAGUAGUAGUCACACAGUGCAGCUUCUGAUGUGUCGCGAGGUGUUUUUUGCUGCUGCAUCCAUAUCCUUAUCCAAUCCUGUCCAGGUACAUUCCCAAUUCAAACCACGACACCGUCCCAAUCACAACCUCCGCUACAGUAUCCAUGAAAGAAACUUGACGCCUACUUGUUCGCGCAAUCAAAAAAUGCAGGUAGGUAGUGAUCGUGAUGCACAUCAUUUACCUGAUGAAGCAGCACGACUUGUUCUUGUGCCAAAUUUUCAUUAUUCAAGAAAAAACCGAAUACAAGUACAACUGAAACGGUAUCGGUAGACGGAUCGGGAUUGUAAUUUUUGCAUUCGUUGUUGAACUACAUUGACUUUGACGUUGUCCAAAAGCGGCGCCAAAUGGUUUUUUCCAUGGCAUCAACCUCUCUUCCCCACCAGUUCCCACACGCCGCUGCCGAUGCAAAUGGUACUUCCAAGCGCAGGCGGUGCUGAUGGCGGGGGAGGUUUUUCGUUUGACCGAGAACAGUCCCAGAGCAGACAAGGGAUCGCACCCUGUGGCAGCGCUAAUCCAACGACGGAAACAAUUUCCACAACAGGAGGCAUGGGCCUCCAAAGCCAGGGGAUGCAGUCGAAUGCUGGUAUGAUUUGAGACUGAUGAAGUACAAGUCGGACUAGCUACCAAAGAAAUCUAUCAGGUCCGCAGGAGAUGACAUUUCCCUUGUUUCGAUCGUUGUUGAUUAGGCAUUUAAUCUUGAUGUUGUAGCUCGAUCUACGGGGAGCAUAACGUUGGUGCGCCCUGCUUUUCUGCACGCACCAUCAGAGGCGCGUUGAAUCGCAGCGGUUUGAUGAUACGAUGAACGUUGCUUCCAUUGAGUCAGUCUUGAAUCCGCGAAAUCGUCCAGGUGAGUACGUUGUGAACCGGUUAAUGUCGCCAGAUCCGGCCGCUUGCCAGCCCGACGGUAUCCAGCCGAGAAGCGCUGUGGCAGGAAAAUCUCUCGUAGUUCUUGCAAGGAAGUAGAAGUAAGCUGUUCCAGUUGCAUCGCGCAGCCUGACAAGCACAUAAUUUUCACUGACAGUUGUGUGCAUUGACGAGUCGACUUUAUGAUCUAUUGGUACAUAGUCAGUCUCGAUUUUUCAACAAGCUGAGCGCUUUUUUGCUGGAUACGACCCACGAGCCUCACCCCCGAGUUUCCAGAAUUGGUACAUCGGACAUUGUGCGACGUUCUUCGACUGAUAUUUGCUACUUACUUAUGUGCUUUUGAGACCACCUCCACAUGAUAAAUUUGCAUGGCCUAAGUACCCAAAGUUGAACUGUAGCACAUCGCAGAGGUGGAUCUUGAUACACGGAGCAAAAACUAAACCUGAAAAAUCAGGAUGAAGAAGAGAACGAGUCUCCCGACGAGGAUGGCUGGGACCCGGAACGAGAGGACGAACCAGGCGCCACUGUGCCCUACUUUCCCGCAAGCAACAUGAGCAACAUCACGGUCGGAAACAGUCAUAACAUGUGGGCGGUAAAUGUUAAAAACACUUUUCUGGAAAUUCCCGAGCCAAGGAAAAACUACUUCAGUAUCAGAGUGAGAAAAAUUACGCUGCUGCAGCACCACGAGUCGAGCUCCUGUUGUAGUGACUCAUCAACAUUAUCGGAAGAAUUUUUAGACGAGUCGUGCCUUUUCCUUUUGCAUCAUGCAGCAAGAGGCGGGCAGGCAAGGGCGGCGGCGGAACCGUGUUUUCCGAAGCCCAAGCCUGCAUAUGCAUAUCUUAACGCGUAUAGCUUUCAGUUUGAUGUGGGAAAAAUAAACGAGUUGGAUCAGGUUGCUCGUGCGAGUGAUAGAUGAAUUCUUGCACAACAGCCAGCUGCAUGUCAUGAUGUUAUAUAUAGCCUAUGUGCAGCACCAGCGAAUUUUCUGCACUCGAUAUCCGACUCCCCCGGGCUGGGCGCAGACUUUUUGGGCACCGCAGGAGAGCUUGCGGAAACUACAGGCACUGAUCAUAUGGCUGGCCGGAAAAGAGGCACAGAAGAUGGGGGAGCUCACAAUCAAGAUUCAUACCCGAAAGAAAAGCUCUCAUCUUUGCCGUUCGAAGCACUUUACCAAAAGAUCGCAGGUCAUGCUCAUGUGGGCGGUUCUAAUAAACUUAUCUAGAUCCACUUGCUACCUUUGCACGCGGGCGCUUUAACAAAUCCUGCACGCAGAUCAAGUCUACGAGGGCCACCAAGUCCUGCAUGCGUAACUAUUCAAAUCGAGUGAUGGAGAAGAAACUUCCUUGGCAUGCAUUUUCAUUUUCCACAAGAGCAAGAAGAGGAACGGGCUUUGAUGAUGAUGAUCUUCUUUACGAUAUAGUUGCGGGCGAAGGCGGUGCAGCUGUGGUGGUUACUACAACCUCCCAAGCUGCAAACGAAGGAGUUCAGCCGGUCGUGGCGACCCACGUGCGUAGAGUCAAGUCACUAGUGUAAAUAUUUGCUUUUAGACGUUUCGGACUGAAGAUCUUACAUGUAGAUUUCUUUAUCAACAUCAUGUAGUUGACGCAAAAAUACUGUUGCAACUCGAGGGAAAAAAGAGCAGGAACUGCAUCUCACCUGCCAACUGUCACGCUCUUUGAUGUAAGUAUAUCCCAAGAGGGACUGCGAUAAUCGCAAUUUCAUUGCUUGCAGGGGAAUAAGUCUAAAUCUUCACGCUAGUCGUGCAGCCUUGUCAAACUAACCGUCAACGGGAACAAGGCUUUGUGAGGCAUUUUUCUCGGUGUGACUAAUUUUGGUUCUUCUUUCGAUCCCGCAAGGGGGCGACGAGCGGAGCAUCUUUAUUGGGAAUUUAGUAUAUAUUGUUUGCUUGUUAGCGGAUGUUAAAAGUUGUUUGCUGCACCUCAAAAAAAUACUUAUUGUUGUUUGAAGUACUUAGGCACUACACGUUGCCGAUGUUAGAAAUGUUUUUUUUAAUGUUUCCAGUUCCAGCCAAUUAAAAUUAACCUUUGUUAACUCCGUUCUUGCAUUAACGUUCACCGCCGGAUCGAGGGGAAAUAGGCGUGCCGGCAAAAGUUCUAAAAAGAUUAGAACACGAUGAAAUAGGAAGUAGAUGAAAAUAGAAGAAGCUGAAGCUGCGCUGAACACAUUCGAACACGAGGAGGAAGAGGUAGCUGCUUGAUAUCUAGCCCGCUGCUUGAUCGAAAUUGCGAUCAUGCGGUAGGUGAAGUCGAUCACAAGCGCUUUUUUUUUUUGCAAAACGCAGGGGAAGUUUCCUGCAGACGCUCAAGAACUUGAGAAAAUAUUAAUCAGCCUAGGAGACAUCCUGGCAUGGAUACCUACUAGCUUACUGUCGCACAUCAACCCUGACCGGAACCACUGGCGCGAAUGCAGCAAAACUUUCUCAAAUUUUGGUAUCGCGCUCCAGAUUUUUGCAAAAAUGAGUUGGGCUAUUUCAAUCCGGCAAGUGAAAGAUUAGUUUCUAUAUGUUGCUUCUCUUCCGCCCACUCUUGGUUGUUGAUUCAUCACUUACAACUGAGUAGUAUACUUACGUCUACCUGCUUUUUGCGCUUGAUAAUAAUGAAAAAUUUUGGUUUCAAUCGUAAAGAUUGAUAUCAACUUGUACAAUUCUUCCUUUUCGAAGAGCUUUUCAUUUUUGGCUGGAGAUCGAUAGUCCUAGAGUGAGUGGGCCACUGUCCGACCACCCGGCCGAGGAUACGAAAAUCGAGAUGAAGUUAGCAGAAAAUUAAAUUUAAAACUGAAAUAAGUACUUCUUCGCAAAAAUUUGCAGUGGUAUCAGUCUGACGAGUCAAGAAGGAGGACUUCUGACGAUAGAUUCAUUUUGUUUCCUUCGGAUCUUUGCCUUGUCUUUUCUCUUUCCGCAGAUGAUCGCGAUUAUCUCGGUAGUUGAAAUAAUAACAAGUUGGCAUGAUACGGAGAAAUGAAAUAAAUUUUGCUUGCGCGGCUGAAAACCUGAUCGUCGCGCACAGCGCCCGUGAGACUGCGCGGUUUUAUGCUCCCAUUUGACUGCUUAGAUCUGUAGGAUGUUGAUAUAUUAGCUUCGCUUGAUUUAUUCCUUCGCAAUUCGCUGUCGUUGUGUCAAAAAGUUUUUUUUUGAGAAAAGAAAAAAAAAACGCAAGUGCACGUUUUGCGCGUUUCAGCAUGAGCUUUCGGCUUCAUAUUACGUUAAGCGACAUCAGACGGAUUGCUCAAGCGGAAGCGCCUACGCAUCGAGGGGAGAUGCUGUGCCGGCCGUGACAUCAAGGCUCUGAAGACCACUGAGCAAAUUGUUUUUUUCGUGAUAUAUGUAUCUCUCUGAACCUGAAGACAAAAAAAUAUUUUCAUACCGCGGGUAAGGGUAUGAAGGAAUAAUUCGCUAAGUAUUUCUAGUACGUUUUUCGUGUAAAAAAACUAAGCGUAAACUACUAUUGUGACAUGCUUCUUUAUCUUCUCUGCGCACUGGUUUGUAAGGUAAAGGUAGUCCUUUGUUUGAUGCAGCAGGCGACCUGGAUAGCUUUCCCUCUUUGUUUUAUCGAUUGCUUCAAUGCAGGCAGAAUGAAGUACAGAGGUGGGUGACUUUUUUCUCGCCAGAAUUUGGGGGAUAACGUAGAUGCAGCUUAUGAAAACGAGGAGAAUGGGAAACCCAGCAGAAGCAGAACGCUUUGCAGGCUCUCCGAAAGAUGAAGCUCUUUGGAAGUACUACAACUCGUGUAUGCGUUGUUUCUUGUUGUAGUUGAUGUAACUUUUGGCGCAUCUCCUGUAUUAAUCUGUAAGGUAUGAGUUAUGCAUAAGCAAAAGAGAACCACAAGUUCUGCGUCUGCGCGGAAAUCUUUCACGUACAGAGAGUACUUCUGUAGGAGGAUGCGUGCUUCUUUGCAAAAUCAAAAAUGAAAAAUUUGAAUUUCUUGUUGUUAUCGUUGUGUUGAUUAACCAGAGUUCUACGGGGAAGAUGAAGAACGUCAAUCGUUGUAUUUCAG